UCUUUUCAUAGGUUUAAAGGUUCAACAGAUGUUCAAUUUUUGACAAGAGAACUACAUAUGACUUUGUAACAAUAUCCAAUGAAAGAACACGAUACCUAACUGUCAUUGCAAGAAAAGACAAAAAUGAGCAGGUUAAAUCAGAUUAACCCCUCUCAAAGCACAGUAUACAAAGCAUGCAACAGUCCCAUAUCCAGUUUAAGUUUGUUAUGGAAAAAAGAAACUGGUAUAUGAAUUGUUUCAGGGAGAAAAAUAGCAAAAAGAUGGAUAACAAGAGGACCACAGGCAUAGCUAAAAGAUGGAGGCUUCUCAGUGGUGAGGAUAACUGGAAGGGCUUGUUAGAUCCUCUAGACAUCGAUCUUCGACGGUACAUCAUUCAUUAUGGAGAAAUGGCUCAAGUAACUUAUGACAACUUUAUCUCUGAGAAACUAUCAAAAUAUGCAGGAAGCAGUCGGUAUGCAAAGAAGGGUCUCUUUGCCAAUGUGGGCAUAGAGCAAGGGAAUCCAUUCAAGUAUCGCGUGACCAAGUACUUGUACGCAACAUCAUCAAUCCCGCAACCCGACGCAUUUAUAUUGAAGUCUUUGUCGAGGGAAGCAUGGAGCAAGGAAUCGAAUUGGAUGGGGUAUGUCGCGGUGGCCACAGAUGAAGGGAAGGCUGCUCUAGGGAGGAGAGAUAUUGUGAUUGCUUGGAGAGGCACCAUCCAGGCCUUGGAAUGGGUUAAUGACUUGGAAUUUGUUUUGGUCUCUGCUUCAAAAAUAUUUGGAGAAAAACAUGAUCCUAAUGUGCAUCAGGGUUGGUACUCCAUCUACACUUCAGAUGAUCCAAGAUCGCCAUUCAAUAAGGCCAGUGCCAGAGACCAGGUUCUUGGUGAGGUUAAAAGACUUGUGGGAGAGUACAAGAAUGAAGAAAUUAGCAUUACUAUAGUUGGUCAUAGUUUGGGUGCUGCUAUUGCAACACUAAACGCAGUUGACAUAGUUGUUAAUGGAUUAAACAAGCCUAGAGACCAACCAAACCAGGCGUGUCCUGUGACAGCCUUUGUGAUUGCUAGUCCUAGAGUUGGAGAUUCGGGCUUCAAAAAGGUCUUUUCUGGGUCAAAAGAUCUUCGAGUACUACGCAUCCAUAAUGCCCUAGAUAUUGUUCCAAAUUAUCCAUUGAUAGGAUAUUCAGAUGUGGGCGAAGAAUUGGGUAUUGACACUACCAAAUCCGAGUAUUUGAAGAGCCCUGGAAAUUUGGAGAAUUGGCAUAACUUGGAGGCUUACCUGCAUGGAGUUGCAGGAACACAAGGAUCAAAAGGAGGAUUCAAGUUGGAUGUUAAACGCGACAUUACGCUUGUCAACAAAGGAAUUGAUGCCUUGAAGGAUGAAUAUUGUAUACCGGUAUCAUGGUGGUGUGAGAAGAACAAGGGUAUGGUUCAACAGACGGAUGGCUCUUGGAAGUUGAUGGAUCAUGAAUUAGAUGAUGAUUUCUAAAUCUUCAUCUUCAUGGUUGAGGCAAUUGUUUUUUUUUUUUUUUAUGAGCAAAAAGUAAUAGUUUAUAACAAUAGUAAAACAUUAUAAAAGAAAGGCAUAACUGAAGAAAAAGCAAGAGGUAAGAUUAAAUUUAA